GUGUCCUGUGGCGUAUCGGCACCUGGACAAUCACAAGAUCGAGCCGGUGCUCUACAUGAUGGAGUGGUUCAUCUGUGCCUUCUCCAGAACUCUGCCCUGGGCCUCAGUCCUCCGAGUGUGGGACAUGUUCCUGUGUGACGGUCAGACACAAACACACACUUGUCUUUCUUUUCUUUCUGUGUUGAGUCGUUCCUGUUGAAAUGUAUAUUCUCUCUCUCGUUCUUUCUUUGUGUAGGAGUGAAAAUUAUAUUCCGUGUGGGCUUGGUGGUGUUGACGUCCAUGCUGGGUACUCGGGAUAAGCUCAAGGCCUGUCCGGGUCAGUAUGAGACCAUGGAGGUCCUCAGAGCGAUUGAGCCCAGAUACAUGCAGGAGGGCUUCUUAGUGCUCCAGGUUCUGGAGUUGCAGGUAUCGGCACAGGACGUGGAACGUGAGCAACGCACGCAGCUGAAGCGCUGGAAGAAGAAGCGGGGCGAGCCCGGCCCCAAACUCCCUCAGAGAAUGCACAGUGCUCGCGCCAUCAUGGCCACCGAGCCUCAUACACACCAAGACCUCCGCCAGAAACCCACCAUUAUGGUCCAGUACCCAUCGAUCCCUGAGGAAAAGUCCGAGCUGAACCUCACGAAGAAGAGAGGGAGCCUGAAGAAAAACCAAGCCUUCAUUCCUAACCCCUACGCGCUACCUGGCGAGUCUAAACCUAGUCAGAUAUUGGACAUACAGCUUCUGAACCAGGAAAAUCUAAAUCUUGUACUUCUAAAUCCACCAUCACAUCCACCACGGCUCCCUACAAUGCAGGAAAAUCAGGUCAAAGAGACGAGCACUUCUACAGAGCGACUCGUGCAUCGUCCUCGAAUUCCUCCAUCGAUAAGAAACCGCCGGAAUCUAUCCCUCUGCAACAUCUAUCCCUCCUAACUGCUCCUGUACACGGAUCACCUUCAGCGUGGCGUCCUCACCUGCUGAAAUGUCCUCCUGUCCAAUCCAGAGAACCUGACCAUGAUGAGCUCCCUAAUAAUACAGAAAACUCAGCCACCAUUUUGGAUCCAUCUACAGACUCAAGCCCUCUGCUUACGCACAACACACCUGCCACCCACGACUCGCCUGCUGCUCCCGAGUACAAAAACAACGCUCUGCACAACUCCAGACAGAGCAUUAACAGCUCAGAGGACACGUACCUGUAACUCGCUCACUGUCGCCACCUGGUGGUUAGGAGGAACAGGAAGUGGAGAAAUAUUUACAUUAUUUUUUCAUUCAGAAGCUAAUUUGAGUUAGAGCAGGGGUUUGGUUUUUGCAUAACCCAUGUUGGUUCUUAACCUGUGACAAUUUACGCAUUUAAUCACUCUUAAACUAAUGAUUUGUCUUCAGAUCAAAUUUACACAAUUCACCCCAGAGGCAAUUCACCCCAGAGGAAGGGGUGGGACCUAGCAUCAGACGAGUUACAGUCACUAGUGUACUUCAGUAACGUAGCUUUACACUCUGACUCGCCUUAUGGGACCAAACAAAAUACAUUACUGGAACUUUGACAUGCGUGUCCCUAAAUCUGAUGGGAAGUGGAGAGUCACGCUACUGUAGGGCCAGCUCUUAACUCUCAAAUCCAGAGCAGAAUGUGAGGUUCUGAGGUUUUUACAUCUGAGGCUGCUCAUCUGUGGCUCUACCUCUGAAAGCUCUGCAUCUGUGGCUCUACCUCUGAGGUUCUAUGUC